AUGGUGAAGGACGAGCGGCGAUUGAGCAGGCGUGAGAGUGCGGGCGUGCGGCAUUGGAUUUGUUUGGAAAAGGGGGCGAGCGACGACAUGAAAUUGAUUUCAACUGCACAGCGCUUUGGCCGCGAUGAUCUCAACACUGGAGAAAUGAAUCGCGAGUCGAGUAUGCACUCUUGCAUCGGUGUUAAUUGGCUUUUGGAAACAAGGGACGGUGUGACUGGCGUGGAUCCGAGCGUGUCUUUGGCCAGAGACUUGGCUCGCUACUUUCCGCAACCUUGUCGAUCGGCCCUCCACCUCUGGCUCAAGACGUCGACCAUCCCACGCCAUCGCGAACCUUGGUCGACCAUGUCAGACUCCUAUCAAACGAGCGAUGCUGGCCCAAGCUCCUUGGCAGAAGAUCCUAUCCGAGAGGAGGAUCAAGACGAAGGACAAGAGCAGCAGCAGGCAUCAGAUCACCAACCCUCGGUAGCGGCCGCUGAGCAUUCGCAGACCGACACGCCCUCUCCUCGCAAGAAACGAGGUCCUAGCGUCUCGUUUCAGGAUCCAGAUGACAGCAGAGACGAGGAGCAAGCGCCUCCAGAUGCUGCAAUGACGACAACAACAACAACAACCCAAGAUGGCUCCACGCAGCAACGCAUUCCAGCAGCCGGUGUAGGCACACGCACACAACCUCGUCGAGCACCACGUUCCAGCUCCUCGCUCCGUCACGUCACGACGACUCGAGCACGCACGACCAGCCUAUCUCAGCCACUACCCGAAGACCGUGAUCUCUCCACCGACUCCACGUACUACGACGACCCCACCACCAGCCUCGUCGCGCGCCAGGUCAACGUCGAGAAACGCAGAGCCGAGCGUCAACGUCGACGGGAUGCUGCACUCCUUCCUGACUUCGAUGACAACGAUGUUGAAGGCUCCGAUGGCGAAGAGCUCAAUGCAAGCAGCGCAGACGAGGCCGUCGCAGCGCGCAGAUUGCGGAAUGCAGAAGCCGUCGGCGCAACAGACGAGGGCGACUACUUCUCACGAAACGGCAACUCCUACGACAAGGGAAAAGCAAAAGCGUCCAUACCUCCAUCCAAAGGCAGCGCAUUCAACUGGUCCAGCGCAAGCGCAAGCGACGACAGCGACGAUUGGGACGGCGAAUCGCACUCCCUGCUCGCAGCCAAAGCCAAUGCAGAUCGUUCUCUGGGCCCAUCGCACGAUCCCGUGGCCUCUUCGAUCGAUGCCGUCGCAGGCGUGACUGCCACUCCGGGUCCUAGCUUUCCGCUCGAUCUUCACACUCCUGCCGAUCUCGGCGAAGACGAAACACCCAUUCUUAAUCCUCAGCAUCGCAUGGAGUGGCAAAGCAUGCUCGGCUCCGUCCUCAAUUCGGAAGUCCUCAAGUCCGAGACGAAGCGUAUCAACUCGGUCGACACGCCCGAUCUUUCACGUCAAGAGCUCAGCUAUCAGCGCUGGCUCGAUAUCAAAGCAACGCUUCGUGGUCGCGGCACCCACCGUGUUGCCACUGAGGAAGAGGAGAAACGCCUCAAGCAAGGUUUCGGAAAGAUGCUCAAGGACCUCGUCCGGGAGGUUCGAGACUGUCGCUCUCAACAGAUCGCGCUCGCCGAUAGCAGAAGCCUUCAGGCCUCCUCUGCCUCGACCGCCACCACACCCUCCCAGGCCGCGCAGAAAACAAGCAGUGAGACUGAUCCGCUCACACAGGAAGCCUCCAGCGGUUUCGAGCCCGAGAAGGCCGGAUCGGACGCAGAGGCGGCAGUGCUUGCCGAAAAGAACAAGGUUCUCGCAGAGAUCGGAGAGCUCCUGGAAAAGAUCGACCGCGCAGAAGAGCAGUUCCCCUCCACCAAGCGCGCAAUCCAGAUCGUUCCUGAAUGGGGCGAUGCCGAGGUCCAAGCCAAGCUCGCCGCAAUCUACAGCUGGUACAACACCACCACCUCGCUGCGCCUUCAGAUCACCAUCCUACGCAAGUGGACAGGCUCCGAGUCCCUCGAGAUUGCGCCACGCGGCGCCCGCGCCUAUGGCAACGCGCGUGAAAAGGGCGCGCAGCAACGCUCCAGUCAGACUACUGCCGAUGACGACAGCACCUUCGUCGAGAGGAUCCAAAAGGAAGGUUCACUUCAGUCGACCUUUGAGAAGCGCACGCUUGCCAGCCUAUACCAGCUCAUCACAAAGUCCAAAGAGACCAUCCUCAAGUAUCAUAAGGAAUUCGAGCGCAUGGCGCUGCCUCCAUUCGAGCCAGAGCUCGUCACGCUCAUCAGCUUCCCGACACGCCUGAUGCAGGGCGCGCUCCGUUUUCGACUCGACUAUGCUGGCAAACUCGCCGAGCCUAGCGUGCUCAUCGUCGAUUCCUUGACAGACGAUUUGCGAACCGCACUUGCCAUGGCGUGCAGAGUCAAGCUUCACUACACCAGCACUAUCAUCGCCGACCCCGAACGUGGCUGGAACCUGUCCCCAUGCAUCGCCGAAGGGUACGACGACGUGCUGAGAAGUGCGCUCAAGUUCUUCUUCAAGCUGCUGCGCCUCAAGCUCAAAGCGAGUGUCUACUUCAAAGAGACCGAAAUUUUGGAACCAGAGUGGCGCUUCCUCAGUACGGCCGUCGAGUCGAUCGAAGGCGGAGACAUCAUCGUAGCCACCAACAUCACCCGUUUCGUCAACAAGCUCUUUGAUCGUAUCGCCCGCUACUUCAACCGAGAAUUGACAGCCACCAUGACGCAGCAGGAUCAGCACGGACGACGGCUGCCAAAUUCGGCCGCCGGUCCGGUCGGCCUCGCCAAAUCGGAUCCCGCGCCUGGCGCCCACGAGAAGAACUUGAUCACGCUCGAGGACCGUGCAAAGUGGAUUCACAGCGUGUUCGACAAUGUACGCAUUCGCUCUCGUAAGCUUCUCGGAUUCGCAAGAGACAUUCGAAAUCGGCUCGACAACGCAGCCGAGUUCGACCUCGGCAACCUUCGACCCUCGUCCGACUAUCUUGAAGCCGACGAUCGCUCGGUUGCCGAAUACAGCGAUGUCACCAACACUGGUGGCAUGACGCUCAGCUCCUUCAUGCAGACGCUGAUCGACCACGACUACUUCCUCGUUUACACCGAGACUCUCGAAGAGGACGGAAUUUACCUCGUCGCUGAGCCUAGCUUGCAAGACAGGCCGGAUCAGAUCCAGGAACUGGUCUGCAAAUGUUUGCAUCGCGUCCGUCCAGGCGAGGAGGACUCGGCGCUGGUUCAAGAGGCUACUGCACAGGCGCUCAAUGCGGACGGAGACGAAGGCGACGAUGCAACUGGCACAGCUGGGGUUGGCAACGCCAACGCCCUGCGAGAACAAAUCGAAAAGCAGCCGGGCUCGAACGCCAAUGUUGCGAACGGCAGUGCACCAGGCAGCGGUGAUGAAGACGCCGACGACCGUCCGCGCUACAUCCUUCUCCUGAGUCCGCGUGAUCCUUUCAUGUGGACGGGCAAGGUGAUGCACCACAUUAUGCCACGUGUCGACAUCACGCUUGCAGAUCGACGCGUACGUCUCAUUGCUGAUGGCCCCAAAGGACGUCUGGAGUUGGCCAAGCAGCACUUCCAGAGCAUCUUCGCAAAUAGCGCCAACGGCGAAGACGUCGACAGCGAAGAUGGACAGGCUAGCUUCCCGCUCGAGACCCUCAACGACCAAAUGGCGCACAUGAGCCGCGUCCAGUCUGGUCUCGAGGAAAUCAACAAGGGCGUCUACAUGCUUUCCGAUACCAUCAUCCGCAAGGUCCCCGAGAUCCGUCGCCGGCUUCGUGGCCUAGGUGUUCGCGCGCGUGCAAGAACCGGCGCGCCACGCUCGACGACCACGGAAAUGCCGGUGGCAGCGCUUGGCGGUAACUGCGACGAGCUCAUCCAGAACUGCUAUUCGAUGGCGGCUGAACACGGACGCCGUGCUUUACCCUUCAUUGAGUCAGCACGUCUGAGAGGUCAAAUGACGCUGGCGCUGGGCCGUCUCGCCAUCGACUGGAUCGCUUUCAUCUGUGACGAUUGCGUUCCGAGCGAGCGCAAGACGUUCAAGUGGGCUGUUACGGCGCUUGGCAAUGCGAACCACAUCACGUCCAUGGAGAACAUCUUCAGGCUCAACGAGCAAGAUUUUGCGCUGCUUCGGUCCAAAGUAGCGUCGUGCAUGGCGCUAUUGAUCUCGCACUUUGACAUUCUGGGUGCCAGGAGUAGUGUCGCAAAGGCGCAGGAGGAUCAGGAGCGGCUCGAAGGCGAGAAGGCCGAUCGCAAUCGAAUCAGCGCGGUGGGAGCGAACGCGGUGCAGAGUCUCAUGGAAGACUUUCAGCAACUGCGAGUGCAGGGCAACGGCGAUUCGACUCCGCUGUUGGAAAAGACAAAGUCGACAUUGGUCGGACCAGGAAUUGGGGCUCAGAACCUGUUCAACAAGCUCGAUACAGCCAUGCAGGCCACCGAGGAACGCUGGAUUUCCAAGGUUCUCGAAUGGGACGCUGCGAGGCACGAACUCGAUCUCGAGCAGCGUCUCAUCGGACGCGUACUCGACGACACGCGACUCGAGGACCGCAACCUGCAGUUCCUGGCUCAAUCGGCGUCCAAGAUCACGAUCCGAUGGCAGCAGGGCCAGUUCAUCGGCGGAGGAACGUUUGGUACCGUGUACCUGGCGGUCAACCUGGACAGCGGUGGACUGAUGGCUGUCAAAGAGAUCCGGUUCCAAGACAUUUCGUCCACGCCGAGCCUGUAUCAACAGAUCAAGGACGAGAUGGAGGUCAUGUCGAUGCUCAGCCACCCCAACAUCGUCGAGUACUACGGCAUCGAGGUGCAUCGCGACCGCGUCUACAUCUUCGAGGAGUAUUGUCAGGGAGGAUCGCUGGCGGCGCUGCUCGAGCAUGGCAGGAUCGAAGACGAGACGGUGAUCCAGGUGUACACAUUGCAGAUGCUGGAAGGUCUGAUCUAUCUGCAUUCGCAGGGCAUCAUCCAUCGCGAUAUCAAGCCGGACAACAUUCUGCUGGAUCACAUGGGUGUGCUCAAGUAUGUCGAUUUCGGUGCUGCAAAGAUUCUAGCCAAGAACAGUCGUACGAUCCAGCGGUCUCGCAAGACGGGUGGGUUGGGCAACAUCGGCAUGCUGGCGCAGGGUAACGAGGGGGGUAAGCAGGGCGGACCGGCGGGGGCGAUGGCGAGUUUGCAGGGUACGCCGAUGUACAUGUCGCCCGAAGUGAUCAAAGGUACGGCUGACGUUCCUCAGGCUGCGGCGGAUAUCUGGUCGUUGGGUUGUGUCGUGUUGGAGUUUGCUACGGGUAAACGACCAUGGAGCAACUUUGACAACGAGUGGGCGAUCAUGUUCCACAUCGGCAUGGCGGAGCAACACCCGGCGCUGCCGGAUCCGAGUCAGCUGUCGCCGACGGGCAUCGAGUUUAUCCGACAGUGUUUGACGAUCAAUCCGCGACAGAGGCCGACGGCGAUCCAGUUGAAGGAGGAUGAAUGGAUGCGCAGUUUGAUCGAGGAGUUGGAUGCGGCGAACGAGGCGGAGGCUGCGGCGGAGCUGGCGGGGGAGAUGGCGUAUGAUCCGGGGAUGGAUAGCGGGUCGAGCGGGUCGAGUGGGGCGGGAUCGUUGGAGGCGGGCGCGCGGCAGCAGACGGGGCUGUUCAAGAGCCUGGAUAGGAACGUUUCGUCGCUGAACAGUGCGAGGAGCAGAUGGAGCAGCGACGCGGGUGCUGGAUCUGGAUCGAGCGGGACGGGCAUUACGACGCCGUACAAUCCGAGCAUGAGCUUGAAGGCCAGCUUGGGGUAUAGGCAGCAACAGCAGUUGAGGGAGCAGCAGCAACGGGAGCAGGGGCAGCAGGGCGAUGCGGAUCCUGAAGAUCAGCAAAUCAAAGAGACGGACGAGGAGGAGGGGGAAAAGGAGGAGGGAAAACGACCAUUGCACGUUCCAGGACAUCCGAACCACUCGCAUCCGGGAUCCGAGGCCAUCGUCGCCGACCUGCAGUACCACAGGGAGGAGGUGCAGAGGCUGGCGAUGCUCCGACACGAUUCUAGCCUGAGCACUCUUCCGGACGAAUGA